GGCCGCACCUGUCCUGCGGCUGGGGGGGCGCCGGGAGGGGGCCGAGGCCCGGGAGCAGCUGCGCGCCCCGCCCCGCGGGCUCCUCCCUGCCGCCGCGGCCCCCCGGUUGCUGCCCCGAUGCGCGGCGCCCGGAGCCGGGGCCGAGUCGCUGCCGCAGCUGUUGGGGCUCCCGGGCCAGGCGACGCCGCCGUCGCCCGUGCCCCUCCCAGACCCCACCGGCCGCAUGGAGCCCCCGGAGGGCGCCGGCACCGGAGAGAUCAUUAAGGAGGCUGAGGUGCCGCAGGCUGCGCUGGGCGUCCCAGCCCAGGGGACAGGGGACAAUGGCCACACGCCUGUGGAGGAGGAGGUGGGGAGCAUCCCAGUACCAGCACCGGGGCUCCUGCAGGUCACAGAGAGGAGGCAGCCUCUGAGCAGUGUCUCCUCUCUGGAGGUCCACUUCGACCUCCUGGACCUCACUGAGCUGACCGACAUGUCCGACCAGGAGCUGGCCGAGGUCUUUGCUGACUCGGACGACGAGAACCUCAACACCGAGUCCCCAGCAGGUCUGCACCCACUGCCCCGGGCCGGCUGCCUGCGCUCCCCUUCCUGGACGAGGACAAGGGCUGAGCAGAAGCGCGAGAAGCAGCCCCUAGGCGACCCCGAGCGGCAGGCCACAGUCCUGGACACGUUUCUCACUGUGGAGAGGCCCCAAGAGGACUAGGCCAUCUCCACCUGCCCCAGGUCCUGCAGGGAUGGGGUCAGAACACCACGAUGGCAGAUCUGGGCAGUCCUGACCCAGCAGACACACGUCGCCCGCCCACGAGGCUCCAGCCAUCACCUCCUGACACACACCAUGGGGGCGGCUCUCUGCCUGCCCCGAGACCUGCCUUGUCUGCUGGGCACGGGUCUUCGCCUCACUUGGAGACCAGCCGGCUUUCCUGGGGGACAAACGGGGCCCCUGGAUGCCUCUGGGAGCCCCAGCACAAGCACAGCCCAGUGGCCUUACGUCCAGCUUGUUCCUGGGCCCUGCGUCAGGAAGGCAGCGUCACGGAGUCACUGCCGGGAACGUGGUGAGGAAUGGAGUGGCCCAUGGCAGCCUUGGGGGAAGGGGACCCAGGCCUCUGACAGCCACUCCAGGAACUCCUGGGGCUGCCCCAACCUCGCGUCUUCCUGUGCUACCAAGCUCAGAAGCCAGAGGCGGGUUUGGCUAAUGGGACAAUGUGCUGUCCAGCAAAGCACACGGAGAAGCGGCCCCAAAAUUCCCACCUUGAUUUCCAUCCUGCCCCUUCUUCUACUCCACAGAGGCGCUGUCUCACUAGGGUCCCCUCCCCAAGGCUCAGCUCUAAGACCUGCACCUGCUUCUCUUGGCCCCUGCGUGACAGACAAGCCCAUUCCCUCCUUAGCUCAGAACACCAAAUAUCACCAGACUGCCUCGGAGACUUGGUGACACCUCCCGGAAUGCUCUCGGGGUGGGGCUCACCUCUCCCUGUCCUGCACCCACUACGAGGCCACAUCCUCGUUUCUGCUCACAUCCCAUUGCCCGGCUACAUGGCCUGCCCACGGCCCUUAAACUUGCUGGGCAGGUUUGGGGCCCAUGGGACCCCGUGGGUCUGUGUCCGGGAGCAGCACAGGAGGUUGACAGGCCCUGCUCCCUCUGCUCUGGGGGUGUCUGGGGGCCCCAGCUCACGCCCUCCCAAUGCUUUUAUGCUGAAGCUCACAGAAUAGGCUUCUUGCCUGACAGCAAGUCAAAGAAUGAGUUUGAUAUCAAAGUGUAAGCUUACUUUCCAUCCCCAAGCCCACCUGCCCCCUGCCCCAUUUCCCAUGAGCACACUUCUGGGGAAGGGAAACAGGCUCCUGGCCUUCACCGUCAGCAGAGCUUUGGAGAUGCCCCAGGCAUGCCCUGAGCUCCUUCUGUGUACGGGACUUUAGAGGCGGCACCUGCUCCCACUUCUGAGCCACCCGCUGCCCUUCAGCACUGCUGGCGAACCCAGUUCCUGCCUCAGCCAGGUCUCCUUCCCUGGUUUCCAGUCACACACAGCCCAGCAGCUUUCUCUUUUCAGUCCCAUAAAGGCAGCCUUGUGUCCCUGGCCACACCUCCACCCGCCAGGGUCUUCCUCCCCAUCUUCCAUCCUUCCUGCUGAGCUUCCACAGAGCUCGUUUGCAAACAGUGGGAUUAAAGCAUCACUGCGCAUUCAAA